AGGCACAGUUUGAGAGAGCAGUGGGCGGUGGCGUUCUUAAGAAUCUCCGUCUUCGCUGAAUUAGUACGCAUUUAAAUAUUAUUCGUCAAAAAGACGUUGGCUUAUUCUUUUCCUCAAAGGCCAAAAACCUCUCCGUUCCUCCCUCUAGGGUUUUUGCCGUCGUUAUAUUGUUUGAGAAAGGUAGGAGAAGCAGCUCGAUAGAUCGGCGGAUCGAAUUUCGUUGAGAACAAAGAAAAUGGCCUUCUCUUCUUCGCUUCUUAGAUCCGCGACGUCACGCGUUCUCGAUGCUGAUGCUUUCCGCCAUUCCGAUAAUUUUAAGGUAUCAUGUGGGGGCCAUAACCAUAAUGUUAAUGCGGUGAAGUUCCAGUCUAGCAUCUUUGGGACUAAUGUCUCAGUGGAUUCAUCUUCAUUACAGAAGUCUACUGCCCGUAGCAUUCAGCCAAUCAAAGCAACGGCAACAGAAAUACCUCCAACAGUGGCAAAAUCAAGAAGCAGUGGGAAAACAAAGGUUGGCAUCAAUGGUUUUGGACGUAUUGGGAGAUUAGUUUUACGCAUUGCAACAUUUAGGGAUGAUAUUGAUGUGGUGGCUGUUAAUGAUCCUUUCGUUGAUGCAAAAUACAUGGCAUACAUGUUCAAGUAUGAUUCAACCCACGGACCCUACAAGGGGACCAUCAGGGUCGUAGAUGAAUCCACUUUGGAAAUUAAUGGAAAGCAGAUUAAAGUUAGCAGCAAAAGGGACCCUGCAGAGAUUCCUUGGGGUGAUUAUGGGGCUGAGUAUGUUGUUGAAUCUUCUGGUGUCUUCACUACUGUUGAGAAGGCAUCGGCGCACAAAAAGGGUGGUGCAAAGAAGGUUGUAAUCUCAGCUCCAUCCGCUGAUGCUCCUAUGUUUGUGGUUGGUGUAAACGAGACUACUUACAAACCGAGUAUGGAUGUCGUUUCAAAUGCUAGCUGUACCACCAAUUGCCUUGCACCUCUGGCCAAGGUAGUCCAUGAAGAGUUUGGUAUUUUAGAAGGUUUAAUGACAACUGUCCAUGCAACAACAGCCACACAGAAGACAGUUGAUGGUCCUUCAAUGAAGGACUGGCGGGGUGGCCGUGGAGCCGGGCAGAAUAUCAUCCCUAGUUCCACUGGUGCAGCAAAGGCUGUUGGGAAAGUUCUUCCAGAACUUAAUGGCAAGCUCACUGGAAUGGCCUUCCGUGUCCCUACGCCUAAUGUCUCUGUCGUAGACUUAACUUGUCGACUUCAGAAGAGUGCUUCUUAUGAAGAUGUGAAAGCAGCCAUAAAGUAUGCUUCAGAGGGUCCACUGAGAGGCAUCCUUGGAUACACUGAUGAAGAUGUCGUCUCCAACGAUUUUGUCGGCGACUCAAGGUCAAGCAUAUUUGAUGCUAAGGCUGGCAUUGGACUUAGCAAGUCUUUCAUGAAGCUCGUCUCUUGGUAUGAUAAUGAAUGGGGCUACAGUAACCGUGUGUUGGACCUGAUUGAGCACAUGGCUCUGGUGGCAGCGACUAAGUAGAGAAGUAGCUGCUGCAGAAGCCUCUUUUGUUUGAGCAAAGAGGUUGGAUGUGGGGAGUAGUUGCAAAAUCUUUAGCUGAUUUUUGUGCUUGAAAUUUCAUCACAGUAGCCACCUACGCGGGAUGAAGGCUUUGAAAUAUUGAAAUAAUGUACUAGUAAUUAAUUAGUAUAGAAACUCAAUUUAGAAAUGCAUGUAUUGGUGUGGUUGUUUAGGUUAGGAGGAGGAGCCUAACCAGUGUGGUUCACUCUAUAUUCACCUCACCGUAAGUACCAUCUGGAUUGAUAUUUUUUUGCUGUAUUAGGAGGUGCGGGAUUGUGCACCAGCUUCUCGUCUCUGGAUUAUAUACUUUUUGGAGGUCCUUAAAGAUUCUUUCUCCGUAACCGCUGAACUCGAUCUUCCAAGUAUCUUCAAGUUACACACAGAUUUACUUUA